AUGUUGGAGGAGCGGCCGCUGCGGCUGCUGGCGCUGCACGGCUACCGGCAGAGCGAGCGCCGCUUCCGCCAGCGCACCGGGGCGCUGCGCAAAGCCCUGAGGGGCCGCGCCGAGCUCGUGGCCUUCGACGCCCCUCACCUCGUGCCAGGCGGCGAGGAAGACGGCGCCGACGACGGCGCCGACCCCCCCCGCGGCUGGUGGUUCUCCAGGCCCGGCGCCUUUGAGGCGCGGGAGGCGGCUGAGGAGCCGGCGGGGCUCGACGAGGCGCUGGCGGCCGUGGCGGAGGCGCUGGCGGAGCGCGGGCCUUUCGACGGGCUGCUGGGCUUCAGUCAGGGCGCGGCGCUGGCCGCCAUGGUGUGCGCCUUGAGGGCCCGGGGCGAUCCCCGCUUCCCCGUGGCCUUCGCCAUCCUGGUGGCCGGCUUUGCCAGCCGCGCCCCGGCCCACGGGCACUUCUACCGGGAGCCCAUCGCCCUGCCCACGCUGCACGUGGUGGGUGAGGCUGAUGCCGUCAUCGCCGCCCCCCUCAGCUUGGAGCUGGCGCAGAGCUUCGUGGAGCCCGUCGUCGUCACCCACCCCGGCGGGCACUUCGUCCCCGUGGGUGCGCCGCAGAAGAAAGCCUACCUGGACUUCUUGGAGCGCUUCCGCGCGGGGCGGGGACAGGCUGAGCCGCCGGGGGCUGGAGCUGUUUGAUAACAGCGUCUGUAAUAAACGGGGCUCCAGCCAGGUGCAUGCAGCUCGCUGUAUUUCCCUGCGCUCCAGAGGGGCCGGAGAGGUCCUCACGACCUCCCUGUGCUAAUACCGCAGAGGAGCGCAGUGUCAACUCUUCGUUACCUCCCUCUUUUGUCACUCUGUUGGGUACACGGGUAUGACAGCACGGAGGUUGGGGACAGGAGGGCGCCCUGGUUGUUUACGAGGGGCUCUCGGAGAGAAGAACGGCCGCUCCAAAAACCGGUCUCAGCUCAGCCGAAGGAAAUGAAUGGUUGCAGAGCACACGGCUCUCGCGGCUUUAUAUUCCAAACGUUUGUGUUCUUAAUAUCCCGUGCAGAAGCUAUUAAAGCAGCCUUUCAGGUGGUCUGGGUCUAGAAAAAGCUCCUCUCUCUGGCAGUGCCAGGGCUGGUAACCAUUUCCCUUUUAAGAAUUAAAGUUCAGUGCUGGUUCA